AGUCAAAUCUUUCAUACGUUUGACUCUAAACGCCCUUUCUUUACCAACAAGAUAGACGAAUUCUCCCUCUAAUGGGAGCUUCGUCCCAAUGCCAAGUAUAUUAUCAGUUAUUGCUUUAAAUUGAGCACCACCCCACCCCUUUUUGUUCCAUAAUCUGAACGAAAAGGAAAAAAAAAAAGAGAAAAAAAAACUGAAGAAAUUAUGGAAUCCGGUGGAUCAAAAAGAAGGGUAGUGGUUGUCGGCGGUGGGAUUGCCGGUUCUAUCCUCGCCAGAUCUAUUCAAUUCAAUGCUGAUCUUACGCUUAUCGACCCGAAGGAGUAUCUUGAGAUCAAAUGGGCACAAUUAAGGAGUAAGGUGGAACCGUCAUUUGCGGAAAGAGCGGUGGUGAACUAUAGAGAUUUCUUUAGCAAUGGACGUAUCAUUACGUCUACUGCGAUAAACAUUACUGAAAACGAAGUAUUGACUGCCGAUGGCCAACAUAUCGGUUAUGAUUAUCUUGUGAUUGCCACUGGACAUAGUGAUAAUGUUCCCGUAAGUAAGACGGAGAGACUUCAUUACUAUGAUGCAGAAAAUCAAAAGAUACAAUCUGCUCGAUCUAUUUUGAUCGUCGGAGGAGGUCCGUCUGGUGUUGAACUUGCCGGAGAAAUUUCUACAGACUUUCCCGAUAAGAAGGUUACACUGGUUCAUAAAGGACCAAGGUUGCUGGAAUACAUUGGACCAAAGGCAUCUGAUAAGGGUUUAAGUUUGCUGAGAUCAAAGAAAGUCGAUGUAAAAUUACAGCAAUCAGUUGAUCUGAAAUCAGCUUCGGAUGGAAGCCAACUAUAUCGAACCUCGACUGGAGAAAGUAUCAAAGCGGAUUGUCAUUUCCUUUGUACUAGAGUACCAUUGUCUACAGCAUGGCUUAAUGAGACUAUAUUGAAGACUAACUUAGAUAAAGAUGGAAGGUUGAAGGUUGAUGAGUAUUUGAGGGUGAAGGGUCGCAGUAAUAUAUUUGCAAUUGGAGAUAUCACUGAUGUUCCGGAACUCAAACUAGGUCAUGCGGCUAUACAUCAUGCAUAUUUGGUUGCUAAAAACUUGAAGCUGUUGAUGGGCGGAGGAAAAGAAAGCAAAAUGUCCGUGUACAAACCUGGUCCGGAAGUUGCAAUGGUUUCGCUCGGAAGGAAACACGCUGUUGCCCAAUUUCCUUUUGCAACCCUCGGUGGGCGUAUUCCCGGCUUAAUCAAAUCUGGAGACAUGUUUGUAGGCAGAACUAGAAAGCAUUUGGGUUUAGAACCUUAAGCUACACACACACACACACAUAUAUAUUUGCCAUUGUAUUUCCUCAUUUCCACCUUUAAUUCCUUUUUGCUUAUAAUGUUUCACAUUUUUUGCACCUCUCUGUUGGCUGUUUCAUUUGUAUGUUGUUUUGCUUUGUGCUUUUAAAUAGAUUCUCAAUAAGAUUUGAUGGUA